AUGUCUGCACCAGGCGACGAAUACCAGCCUGGCGAUGAGGGCGUUGAAGCCGCACACACCGCGGAUACUACACAAAACGACUACAAGUCUCGAACUGGCCAAAGCCAUAUCCCCGUCGUGGGCGAUGAGACCAACGUUGAGGAUCCCAUCGACGAGAGAACAGCCGACUCCGAUGCUCAGCUAGCUCGCGAUGACAAUGACGCAAUCGAUGAAAGCAACAUUAUCGACGAGCGUACUCGAGGAGCGGCCAAGGCUGGCGGUUAUCGCGAGCCCGGUGACGAGGAAGGCCUUCCAGGUCCAGAAGAUGGCACCAGCGCUGUUCGCGGAGGUCCAAACCCAUAG